GUUAUACUUUUCAUUUUGGUUUAAUUUUCAAACAAAUUUUUUAAUUUCACGAUAAUCGAGAAACUGCAAUAGUAAUAGAAGGUUUAUUAGCUCAAGCGAGUCUAACACUGUCUAAUCGUCAAUGUUGAAACUUCCAGUAUUACGCACCAGCAAACGCGAUUGGGAAUACCGAGAGCGAUCAAGUACACAACAACACACAUACCCAGGUAUAAACUGCUACCAGGAAAGCCCGAGCGACAAUUCGCCUUCAAAUUCGCUGCCCACACCCCCGCCACCACCGUUGGUGGCACCUCCGCCGCCACCUCCGCCACCCAGGAGACCACGAAGAAACGUAACCUUCGCGGAAUCGCCACCGAAAAGCCCGAAGAGGAAGAGUCCGAAGUUCAUUUUUCAACGGAAGCUUAGCAGCAUCGCGGCUCUCGAUGUAGCGGUGCCAUGGACACCGGCGUCCCCACGACACUGGUCCGGUCUGAACGACAAGCCGGAAUACAUCACUUAGACGCUAAAUCAACGAAGAAACAAUCUGCGUCUUUCCGUCGUCGUGGCGAUUUUAAUCGUCAGAGUAUCGCUACAAUGUUUGAACAUUGUCGAGAAAACCUUCCUUUAGCGAUCUUGUCCAAAAGUCGAAUAAUCCAAGCUCGAGUGAUGAAGCAAUUGAAAUAUGGAAGCACUGAUAUUUUUAUAGAGCAAUAAUUAUAAGAUUCUAAGGAAUUAAAAGAAGAAAAAUUGUCUCUCUUCGCUGUAAUACUUAACGCAGUACCGGACAUUUUGGUAUCGGUUUCAAUAAACAAUGCGUUAUAUUUAUAAGAUUUAGGAAAAGUUAAGAGACUAGUUCCUCUAAUAAAUAUUAGAGAAUAUGCGAUUAUCUCGAUAUACAGAGUUAUGCAAAGGACAAUUGGAUUACGGGCACGUUCGAAUCGCGAAGAGUCACAUUACUCGAGUCUUUGAAUUAUUCGAUGAUCGGUAGACAGAAUCGGCAAUAUGAAGUAAAUCAUGUUGAAAAAACCUUUAAUAUCAUUCUGUUCUCCUCUCCGCGGCUACUGUCUUCUCCACUGAGGUCACGUGAUUUGAGAAAUGUACAUCUAAUUGAAAAAAUAUUCAUGAAUCUUUCUACUUACGGAAAGUAGCAUUAAUGUUACUCUGCCAUUUUUUAAAAACGACGACACUAAGAGAUUAAUAUUGGAAUUUAAAAGUAUUUUAUUACAUUUUAU